UAUAUUUGUAUUUUUGACAGGAAUGAAACUGACCCAAACGUUCAAUGCUCCACGCGAACAGGAUAUCUGUCGUCGCCUGUUGACGACGAUUUGACCUCCCUACCGGCGUUGACCCACCGAUUCUCUAAGAUCUUCUCCGGUGACCCUAUCAGAGGUCUUUGAAGGUUACAUACGAAACUUGGUUGUUUAGCAAUGUCCAGAUCCCUUCUGUUAGUUACACUGCUUUUGUUAAUGGUGUUAACUUCCCAAUUCGAUUGGAACCAGAAAGUUGUUAACGAGGUAGAAACAAGAUCAUCAGCUCUUUUAAGAAGGCAACAACUUGUUCUCCAAAGGGAAGAAUAUGUAAAAGAAAAGAUAAUCUUAUCUCAGGAAAAACAUAUCUUGAAACUUGAAACACUUGUGCAAAGUCUUCAACAAGAGUUGCUACUGUGCAGGGGUAAAGAUGACUUUUUGAAUGACACUACAGCUGACCCUUUGACUUAACUUUUAAACGAACUCAAACACCAACAAAUCAUGGAUUAGUUUUAUAGUAUUUUAUGCUUUAUAGAGUUGUACAAUACAACAUUUUAAAGCAUAAAUUUUUGUAUAUGGAGAAAAAUUGUUGUGUACGUAUAAGAUCCUUUUUGCAUUGUAUAUGUAAGUAUUAUUAUUAUUAUUAUUAUUAUUAUAUAAUUUAGCCUCACUUCA